UUUGCCGUCCGGCGUGCCACGAUGACCCAGUAUCUUCCUCCCGAUCUCUUGGCGUUGUUUGCGCCACGGGAUCCUAUUCCAUACGCAGAACCGCUUGAUAAACCGUUGUGGGAGAAGAAGCCGUGGCGCUAUACGGGAGUCGCUCAAUACAUCAGUUUGUUUGAGGACGUCAGUGAGACUCCAGCACCUACUUUUCCGGAGAACAAGAAGGAGAGAAAGGAGAGAAAGAGACUCACUAGAGCUGAAAGAAACAAGGCAGCUGUGGAAGAAAGAAAGAAUGCUUGGGAUCCACACAGUAAUGACAAGGGAACAGGAGACCCAUUUAAAACAUUGUUUGUUGCCCGAGCUAAUUAUGACACUUCUGAGUCUAAGUUGAAACGAGAAUUCGAUGUGUAUGGACCAAUCAAAACUGUGAAAAUUGUUUAUCAGAAGGACAAUCAGAAGCCACGGGGAUAUGCAUUCAUAGAGUUUGAACAUGAGCGUGACAUGCAUGCUGCAUAUAAGUACGGUGAUGGCAAGAAGAUAGACAGUAAGCGUGUACUGGUGGAUGUGGAAAGAGGACGGACAGUGAAAGGUUGGCUGCCAAGGAAACUAGGAGGCGGUUUGGGGCAGACACGUCGUGGUGCAGAGAUUGAGAAUGUGAAGAUGUCUGGCAGAGAUGAAAGUCACAGUAUUAGGGAAGAUCGACGAGACAAAGAUCGUGAUAGAGAAGACCGUGACAAGGAGCGUCCCCGGGAUAGGGAACGCAGCCGAGAACGAGAUAGAGACAAAACAAGAGACAGAGAACGCCGCGACAAGGACAGAACUCGUGAUAGGGAAAGGGAUCGAGACCGUGACAAGGACCGAGAUCGAGAUCGUGACAAGGACCGUGAUCGAGAUCGUGACAAGGAUCGUGAUCGAGAUCGUGAUAGGGAUCGAGACCGACGUGAUCGCAAGGAUCGAGACAGGGAUCGGGAUCGGGAUCGGGACCGGGACCGGGACCGAGACCGGGAUCGCGACCGCAAGAAGCGGUCUAGAUCAAGAUCUCGUGACCGAGACAGAAAAGAGAAACGACACAAAGACAAGGACAGAGACCGCGAUCGGGACCGUCGCGAGAAGAAAGACAAGGACAGAGACAAGGACAAGGAUAGAGACAAGGACAAGGACAGAGAUAGGGACAAGAAGGAGGCUCCUAGUGAUAUGCCUCCUAAGCAGGAAGUCUUAGAAGAAGGCGAAGUUCCUCCUGAGGCCAUGGAUGAGUGAGUAGUCGGCACAGACUAAAGUGCAUGUUAGAUUGACUCCUAGCUGAUCGUAUACGUUUGUGUAACAAUGGACAGUUUGUCUAGGUGUGAAUUAUUGCAUUGCAGUAUAAGAAAAUGGCAUUGCAAUAUUGUGGAUGCUUUUAGUAUGCUGAGUUUGUGAAAGCAAUUACAAUUGAAAGGAAUUGACUUGAUGACUUUUUUGUAAAAGCA